AUGCAGCAUUCUUCCAAACUCGGCUCACCGGGUACUCAAAAUUCUAAAAAUCGAUCCAAGAAGCACCUGAGCAACGAUUUGCAAAACUCAUGCACUAGAAAAAUAUAUUCACCAAGUAGAGAUAAAUUCAAUGAUAAUGCAAGGAUAGCCAGUUAUGGUCAUUCAGGUGAUGAAGAUCAAUUAUUCGGGCAAAACCUCACUCCAAGGUCUGAUCAAACUUUGAAAAAUGUAGAAACUAUGUGAUUUGAAAGCGAGCUUACAAAAAUUAUAAAUGAAUUGAAUGGAUUUGCGCCAAAUAAAACUAGACUGGAAAGCAUGCCCUCAGUAAUUUUGGAAAAAAUUAGAGCAAUGAAGAGUAAUGAAAGAAUUUUACAGCAAAAAUUGGAUGAGAUGAUGAAUAAUGCAAAUUAUAAGGUGAUAUUUAUGUAGAAUCCUAACUAUAGAGGCAAUGAAGAAGUUUUUAAAAAUAAAAUCAUUGAAAAGUAUCAAAAAAAGAUCAAUGAACUGAAGCAGAGCCUACAGAAAAAGUAUCAGGAAGAAAUUAAUGAGUUAAAGCAGAUACUAGAGCAAAAAGAAGCAAUUUUAAACUCACAAGAGUCCACCAUGAAAGAUUAUUGAGAUCGUGCAGUAGAACUUAAGAAUAGAUGCGCAGAAUUACAAAAAGAAAAUGAUAUCAUAAAAUCUCGAAAUGAGCAGCACUUGUCUAGAAGUCCAAAUAGAAAUAAUGUUGAAUCAAAAACGGAAACAAUUGAAAAAAUAUAUAGAGACUUGGAAACCUCAAACUUGGCCUUAGAAAGAGAAAAUAAUAGAUUAAAAGAAAAAAUUCAAAAUUUGAGCAAUCAAUCAGUUGAAAAGUCAAACAUUUGGCGUAAAUCUGAAUUAGAAAAUAAAAGAAGUAAUAACGAUAUGCUAAAAAAAGAAAUAAAAGAUUUGAAGCAAGAGUUAACUGCUUUAACCGAAGACAAAAGGCAACUUAUUAAUAGUGAGAAUAAUUAUAAAAGAAAAAUCGAAAAAUUGCAAAAAGAAAUAAAAGAAAACAGCCAAAUACCAAAUAUUGGGAUUCUUGAAAACAACUUAUCUAAGGCAUCAUCAGUAAUAAAUGAAUUGCAAGAGAAAAGUCAUAAUCUUGAAGAGUGCAAUAGCCAGCUAUCAAAGCAAAAUGAAGAUUUACGAUCAGAAAUAAUUGAUUUAAAACUAAAAUUAGCAGGAUCAGAAAGCAAUUCCAAUUUAUAUCUUACCUCAAAGAUAAAUUAUGAUAGACUCUUAUCUGAGUCAAAGUCAGAGAAAAACAGAUAUGAAAGGCUGAUUAAGGAAUUAAGAGAAGAAAUCGAAAAAUUAAAUAGAGAGCUUCACUCUUCAAAUCAAAGUAAAAAAGAAUUGCAAAAGAAAAAUGAUGAUUAUUGGCAAAAUUUCAAUCAAGCUUUAAAUGAUAUUGCAGCAAAUGAAGCUGACAUUAAGAGACUUAAAGAUGACUUAGUUCCCCCUCCAUGAGCGAACAAAAACAUUAGAAAAAUCCCUAUUUUUUUCCCCAAAAACCCAUCCUCCGUGAGCCAACAAAAAUUUUUUUAAUAGAAAAAUUUUUAUAUGAAAAAAAAUAUAAUUAUUAUCAUUAAAUCUCUAGCUAAUUCUGUUUAAUUUUAAACAAAUUGUGUUUUUAAACAUAAAUUUUGCAAAUUAAAUUAAUAUUUGCUUCCAAUUUUUGCGAAGUUGGGAUUUUUUAAAUUUCGAAAAAAAAUAUUCUAUAAAUUUAUAUAUAGAUUUUAAAAAAAAAAAAUAACCCUUCCCGUGUGAGCUAACAAGAUUUUUUGUUCGCUCACGGAGGAGUUAGAAUCCAAAGAUCUAAUAAUAAGACGCUAUAUAAAAGAAGUUCAAAGUCUUGAAAAUGAUAAAAUUAAACUUAUAGAGCAGAUAAAUAGCUAUGAAAAUAUAAGGCUGCGUGCUGAAACUGAGCUUUAUCCAUUGAAUCAAAAAAUUAAAACACUCGAAAUUGAAAAUAGGCGUUUUGCUCAAGAAAAUUCAAAUUUGAGAGAAAAUGCUAAAGAAUUAGAAACUGAUAUUAAGCAGGCUAAGAAUCUUUUAAAUGAAAACCAAUCCAUAAAACAGAAAAUUAAAGAUCAAAACAGUGAACUUGAAGCAAAAAUAAUAGCAAACGAGGGAUUAAGAAAAGAAUUGAGCGAAUUAAAUAAUAAACUAGCAGAAGAAACAUCUAAAAACCAAAUUCUCUCAACACAAUUAAAAAAACUUCAAUAUGAUAGCAAAGCAAGCGCCAAUACCAUAGGAGACCUGACUAAAAGAAAUGAAUCAUUGCAAUCUCAGCUUAAAAAGCAAUCAGAAGAAAAUAGUAAUUUGAAAGAGGCUAUUGACGACUUGAGGAAUGAAUUCUUAACAGAAUGUGAAAGAUCAAAAAAAGUCGAAAAUAAAAUAGAAAUGAUUGUAGAGAAAAUAUCGAAUUAUGAAGAAAUUGAAAUUGGCCACACUAUAGACGGAGGUUUAGAUGAUUUAGCAUUGGCUGUCAAUAAAAUAAUAAAAAAAAUCAUAAGCCUGAAUAAUGAAAUUGACAAAGAUGGUAUGGAAAUUAAAGAAUUAUCUUAUAAAAAUGACUCUCUUUUAAAUGAAAUUAACAGAUUGAAAAUUUAA